CGAAAACGUCUUGCAGUACAACACGCAGAUAGAGCGCCGUGUCGGGCAGGCAUUCAGCUGAAGCGACGCCUUUGGUCAAAGCACAGCCCACGUGGCGCCUUACAUUCCUAUAUAAUGACAUAAGGUUUUUCACCACGGCUCUUGCAAAGGAAAUCCCGUAAACUCAAUUUACUAUUACAUACACAACGCCAAACAUGACAGACGGAGCUUCGGAGCCAGCGCCAGAGACGUGCCGGGCAUGGACCUUUUCUGAGCGCGGCGAACCCAAAGAUGUCUUAAACUUUGUCGAUGUGCCAAAGCCGACACUUCCACCAGCUGUUUUGCCUAGUGAUGCGCCCAAGCCUGAAGAAUGGGUGCUAAUUAAAACGGCAUUUGUUGGCCUCAAUGUUGGCGCCAUCUUUCAGAUGACGCUCAUCCCAAAGAUGAUUCGCCGCAAUACGUGUGUCCCGGAAAUGGAUCUUUCGGGUGAGGUAGAGGAUGUCUGGCAUCCUGCAGAAGCAAACGAUCCUCAGAAGCCAUUUAGGUUUCAAAAGGGUGACCGGGUCAUUGCUAUGCUACCUGCUAGUCACUCACUUGGCACAGGCACUGGCGCCUUGUCAGAAUACGUGUGUAUUCCUGCAAAGUAUGUCGCACAUAAGCCAAGCGGUGUCACAUUUGCCGACGCAGCGGGGUGUCUUCUGGCAGGAAUGACAGCUGCCAAACAGGUGGAGGAAUCGGGAGCAAAGCUUGGGGAUCGAGUUCUGGUCAAUGCUGCCAGCGGUGGUAUCGGAACGCUAGUUGUACAGAUGGUACGCAACAUUGUCGGCAAGGAUGGCCAUGUCGUCGGAAUUUGCAGUGGAAGAAACAGCGAGCUUGUAAAAGAUUUGGGAGCAGAUGAGGUGAUUGAUUAUACGCAGCAGAGUAACCUACCGCAGUAUCUGGUGACAACUUACGGAACUAAGCCUUUCAACACUAUUAUUGAUACUCUGGGUCAUCAGAACAUCUAUACCAACUCCCCAAAAUACCUUGAACAGGGAGGCGUAUAUUCUUCUGCUGGUAUCAAGCCUCCAAACUUUAGUGUGCCCAACUUUCUGCGCGCUGUGUGGCAAAUGAAGCUGAAUGAAUGGUGGCCUGUGAGCACCUGGCUCGGCGGCGUUGGCCGUCUAUGGAGGGGCGUUUCAAUGAUGGAACCGUCAUUGCAAGAACGAGAGAACAUUGUCGGUAUGUUAGGGGACAAAAAGGUCAAGAUUGUCCGGGACAGUAUCUGGAAAUUCGAAGAAGCUAAGGAGGCCUAUAUCAAACUGGGAGGACUGCAUGCGCGAGGCAAAGUUUUGGUAAAGGUCAAUGCUGCGCUAGCUGAUGACGCGGCGUAAUCGGAUAGUAUAUUUCGGUCUUGCUCCGAAACCCCUCCACUCUUUAUACAAGUUGUAAUAUAACACGCAGGUAGAAUGUGUCUAGCUGAGGCUGGUAUCUGAUCAUCUGAUAAGCCGUGCUUGCCGGGAGUAGUGUGAGCCAUGUACGUUAUAGAUUCCGGUAGAUGUAGUUAAAGCACACAAGUACAAUCAGCCACAUAGUAAGAAUGCUCUUUUGGAAAG